AUGGAUCAAACAACACUUGCAGCUAGCUUAACCAUCGUCAGCAAGGAUCUCAACGCCAGUAACGAAAGCGCGUGGAUUGCAGGCGCAUACUUUCUGACGUCCACGUCAUUCCAACUCCUCUACGGGCGGCUCUCUGACAUUUGGUCCCGCAAGGUGCUCUUAGUUAUAGGCAUUGGCAUCUUCUUUCUCGGCUCGCUAGCUGCUUCCUUGGCAAAGUCCGCUCUGCAGCUGAUCGUCUUCCGUGCAUUCAUGGGCGUCGGAGGUGGCGGCCUCAUGACGGUUGCGCAGAUGAUCGUAUCGGACAUUGUGCCUCUUCGCGAGAGGGGAAAGUAUCAGGGUAUACUCUCAAAACAAGACUAA